AUGGUAGCUGGGAAGAUGCUGGGCAUGAACGAAAGGCACCUCGUCAUCAGGUCCGACGUCUUAGUCGCAGGCUAUGCGCUCCUUGUGGCAUUCUACAUGCUACGAUUUCGUAUCCGCAAUGUCCUCCUCUCUACUUUGCAAGCGUGUACAAACAUCCGCCGCACUAUCCGGCUCACUCACUCGUGGACAAUCGGGACCACAGCAUCGUCGAACAAUCUGAUAAAACAAAGUCAUUGUGAACGCACGAUCUCCUGCAGUCAGUUCGAUAGGCUCGAAAAUCUCCGCGCUCCUGGGAACAUCCACAGAUACGGGUACGGACUAGGGGACGCACGAAUCCCUCGCAUAAACGACCCCCCAUUCGCUCUCCCAAAGUCGCUUUCUUAA